UGUAGAUAGAGAAUAAGAAAGAAGAAAAAUAACAGAGACAGACCCCUGAAAACGGCCUAGGCGACGAAUCUACGUAAUGCCCAUCGUCGUCCUUAUCCCUCUUGUUCUUCUUCUUCCUCCUGAUCAUCAUCAUCAUCAUUUAAUUAUCAUCUUCAGGUGCUUUCCUUCCUCCACACACGUUCGAUUUAGGUAAUUUUUAUCGCUUCUUAUCCUUCGUUGCGUUGCGUUUUUUCUUCUACAUAUGGUUUAUGGAGAAAUGGAGGUCAGAUGGGACGGUAGAGGAGGACUCCGUUCAUCGUAUUGUACUAUACUGAUUCUUCUCUUAGAAAUUCAAGGAUGCUUCUCUCUCAAUUCCGAAGGAUUGGCAUUAUUAGGAUUCCGAGCUGGAGUUGAGUAUGAUCCUCUUGGUGUUUUCACGAAUUGGGAUGCUACUGAUGAUGAACCAUGCAAGUGGUCAGGAGUUCAAUGUUUCAAUACUAGAGUGGAAAAGCUGGAUCUUCGAGAAUGCUCUUUCAAAGGCAUAAUAUCUUCGCAUCUUGGUGAACUCCCCCACCUUAGAUCUUUGAUUCUCCGCAAAAACCAAUUUUAUGGGACCAUUCCAAGAGAAAUUGGAAAAUUGACAAUGUUGGAAAUGUUGGAUUUAAGAGAGAACAACUUGACUGGAACUAUUCCUACAGAAUUAAGAAACUUGAUGUCUUUGAAACACUUGUUGAUCCGUGACAAUAAAUUUGAAGAAGAUGUUCUGAGGGAGAUUCAAGAACUCAACUCGAUUUCCGAUUUAGAAUUCCCUAAAAACCUUACAUCUUGUACACACAGAAAGCUUCGCCAUUGCAUCUGGCAGAGCAGCUUGAAACAACUGAAGAAAGUUGGAUCUUUCAUAAUUCCCCUCAAACACACACUUAUAAAUUACUCCAAUUUGCUUCGAGCGAUUGGUAGAUAUGCCUCUGACAUGCUAGAAUACAAUUGCUGUGACAAUAACAUUGUUGGUUUGGUAAUAAAUCAAAAUAUACAAGUUAGUAGUGUUGCACUUCGUAGACGACUUUCGGAGCUGUCUAACAUUGCGGCUGCACCAGUCAAUGGCGGUUUACCUAAGCAGAUCUUAACUGUUCCAAUCAGCCACAGCAGUGGAUCCUAUUAUUCUGUACCAAGUGCAAAGGGUGGACUUUCUUCUCCAGUUCUUGAUCUUGCUCCUUCUCCUGCUGAUGCACCAGAAGACAAUAAUUCGACUAUGGAGAGAUUCACUGAAUACAUCGGAUGGAGAUUCAUCAUUGCAGGUUCAGCCGUUGGCAUACUGCUUCUCAUUGCAUUGGUGAUAUUCUGCUUGUGUAGGAACAAGGCAGUGCCUGCUUUAGUUCCAUGGAAAAAUGGAUUGAGUGGACAAUUACAGAAAGCUUUUGUUACGGGAGUGCCAAAACUCAAUAGGGGAGAGCUUGUAGAUGCAUGCGAGGAUUUUAGCAAUGUUGUCUCAACUAACGAAACUUUCAAUGUAUAUAAAGGAACGUUGUCUAGUGGGGUUGAAAUUGCUGUAAUUUCAACUACAAUAAUCUCCGUCAAAGAAUGGUCAAGACGCUCUCAACGUGCCUACAGGAAAAAGAUCGAGGUGCUAACUCGAGUUAAUCACAAGAAUUUUGUGAAUCUGAUCGGCUACUGUGAAGAAGAAGAACCUUUUACUAGAAUGAUGGUGUUUGAGUAUGCACCAAACGGGCACUUAUACGAACAUCUGCAUGUCAAGGAAGUAGAACAACUCGACUGGAAUGCGAGGAUAAGGGUCAUAAUGGGAAUGUCGUAUUGUCUACAACAUAUGCAUGAUUUGAAACCUCCCGUGACUCUCUCCUAUCUUAGCACAAAAUCUAUACUGUUAACGGAUGACUAUGCCGCUAAAAUUUUAGAAAGAUGUUUCCAUCAAGCUUCACCCAAUUCAGGUAACGAAGAUGACUCCAGCCAUCAUGAUCUGCAAUCAGGCAGUGUUGAUCCAGAGGCGAACGUUCUCAGCUUUGGAUUGACUUUGCUCGAGAUCAUCUCUGGAAAAGUUCCUUAUUCCGAGGGACAGAAUUCAAUUUCGAACUGGGCUAUGGAAUUUGGUGGCGGGAAUCAAAGCACGAGCACUGUGAUUGACACGGAGUUGAAGUCGUUUAAGGACAAGGAAGCGGAAGUGAUAGGGGAGGUUAUCAGAGAAUGUCUGCAGCAGGAACCAAAGAAGAGGCCGACUAUGAAGGAGAUCACCCUCAAACUGAGUGAAGUUAUUCCCAUAACGCCGGAGCAGGCCACUCCUAGGACUUCACCGCUCUGGUGGGCUGAACUCGAGAUAUUAUCCGCAGAAUCAACUUGAGGUUCUCUCUUUCAGUUUCAUUGCAAAACUAAGAAAUUUAACAACAACCCAUGGCACGAUCAGUGCUGCCUCUCCUCUGUUUUAUUCAUUCAUUUCAUUCUAUUUGGAUUUCUUACACAAUCUAUUUUUCAUCUAUAAUAAAAAUAUAUCAUUCAAUUUUGCCUUG